UGGCUGUAAGAAGUAAGAGAAAACAUAAUAUCUGGCUGUUUUUAAAUUGCUACUCAUGACAUUGUUAGCCAGAUGAAACUAGUUCAUAAUUUUCUUUCCAAUCUGCGUUACCCACUCCAGUCAGCAGAUGGCGAUAUGAGUCUUUCCGGUGAUGCUUCUUGCGUGACGUAUAAUCUAGUGGACGGAACUGGAGGCUUCUUCAACAGCGACAAAAGGCUUCUGAUUCAACCAACGUGGUGGUUUGCUAGCGAACAUAAAACUGAAAUAUUGGAGCUCUUUAGACCAAUCUUGUCUAUAUCACUCUUAGUGUUUUGAAUAUAAUUCUGUUGCCUAUCUACUAGUUCAUUUAAACGUAAUUUGCUUGUUAAUUUAGCAAAUGUGGUAAAUUGAUACAGCACUAGGCUAAUCGACCGGAGCAUGAGGUCACUAAACUAGACGGAGAAAGAAGCUCUGAUGAAAGGAGAGGAAGACGCUUUCAGGAUGAAAAAGGAGGAAGAGGAGGCUAUCACAUUGAAAGAAGAAGAGGAUGAUAUUACAGUGAAAGGGGAAGAUGGGGAAGAGGAGGAAGUGGAAGCUUUCAGAAUCAAAAACGAGAAAGAUGCCGUAACAUUGAAAGAAGAAAAUGUAGUGGAAGAGGAGGAAGUGGAAGCUUUCAGAAUCAAAAACGAGGAAGAUGCUGUAACAUUGAAAGAAGAAAAUGUAGUGAAAGAAGAGGAAGAACCUUUUGGAGUAAAAGAGGAAGAGGAGGCUAUCUCAAUAAAAGAGGAGGUGGACGACGUUUUGGGAGUGAAAAAGGAGGAGGAGGCUGAAUAUCAGAUUACCACCAGAGAGAGACAUGACUAUUGUGGAUCCUCUGGGAAGCCUCAACAACAUCCUGAUGCUGACGAGGCAGAGAAGAGUCUCUCCAGAUCAGAACACCAGAUGGACAACGCUAACCCUUCCUCCCUCCCGGAGUCCCUGUGUCGUGCCUCUCCCGGUAGCACCUUACUGCUGGGUAUGAAGAGGUUGUCUGUGCUGCUGGUGGACUGCAGGAAAACAACGGGGCUGAGUGGAACUGUGAGAGGAGGAGAAGAGAAGAAAGGAUCAGAUUUGACUCAUCAAAGAGGAAAACCAAACUUGGAGGAACCAAAGACGUCCAAACCAGCAAGUCGACACCUCUGCUCCCAAUGUGGAAAGAGUUUUAGUCACUUUGGAAACAUGAAAGCUCAUGAGCGUAUACACACAGGGGAGAAGCCUUUCCAUUGCCUCCAGUGUGGCAAGUGUUUUAACCUGUUAGGGGCACUGAAACAACAUGAGAUAAUACACACAGGGGAGAAGCCUUACCACUGCUCCCAGUGUGGCAAGUGUUUUAACCUGUUAGGGCCCCUGAAACGACAUGAGAGAAUACACACAGGAGAGAAGCCUUACCACUGCUCCCAGUGUGGCAAGUGUUUUAAUCUGUUAGGGGCCCUGAAACAACAUGAGAUAAUACACACAGGGGAGAAGUCUUACCACUGCUCCCAGUGUGGAAAGUGUUUCAACCAGUCAGGGGUAAUGAAACGGCACGAGAGAAUACACACAGGGGAGAAGCCUUACCACUGUUUCCAGUGUGGAAAGAGUUUUAACCAUUUAGGGAACCUGAAAAAACAUGAGAUAAUACACACAGGGGAGAAGCCGUACCACUGCUCCCAGUGUGGAAAGAGUUUUAACCAUUCAGGGGACCUGAAAAAACAUGAGAGAAUACACACAGGGGAGAAGCCUUAUCACUGCUCCCAGUGUGGAAAGUGGUUUAACCUGUUAGGGGCCCUGAAAAAACAUGAGAGAAUACACACAGGGGAGAAGCCUUACCACUGCCCCCAGUGUGGAAAGAGUUUUAACGAUUUAGGGAACCUGAAAAAACAUGAGAGAAUACACACAGGGGAGAAGCCUUACCAAUGCUCCCAGUGUGGAAAGAGUUUUAACAAUUUAGGGAACCUGAAAAAACAUGAGAGAAUACACACAGGGGAGAAGCCUUACCACUGCUCCCAGUGUGGAAAGUGUUUCAACCAGUCAGGGAAGCUGAAACGGCAUGAGACAAUACACACAGGGGAGAAGCCUUACCACUCCUCCCAGUGUGCAAAGCAUUUGCCCAUUUAUAAGCACGGGCUACAUAAGCCACAUAAGUGGACGGAGAAAGAAGCUCUGAUGAAAGGAGAGGAAGACGCUUUCAGGAUGAAAAAGGAGGAAGAGGAGGCUAUCACAUUGAAAGAAAAAGAGAAUGAUAUUACAGUGAAAGAGGAAUAUGGGAAAGAGGUUGUCAAAGUGGAAGAGGAGGUAGAAGCUUUCAGAAUCAAAAAGGAAGAAGAUGCCAUAACAUUGAAAGAAGAGAAAGAACCUUUUAAAGCAAAAGAGGAAGAGGAGGCUAUCUCAAUUAAUGAGGAGGAAGACGUUUUGGGAGUGAAAAAGGAGGAGGCUGAAGAUCGGAUUUCAACCAGUGAGAGACAUGACUAUCGUGGAUCCUCAGGGGAGCCUCAACAACAUCCUGAUGCUGAUGAGGCAGAGAAGAGUCUCUCCAGAUCAGAACACCAGAUGGACAAUGCUAGCCCUUCCUCCCUCCCGGAGUCCCCGCGUCGUGCCUCUCCUGGUAGCACCUUACUGCUGGGUAUGAAGAGGUUGUCUGUACUGCUGGUGGACUGCAGGAAAACAACGGCGCUGAGUGGAACUGUGAGAGGAGGAGAAGAGAAGAAAGGAUCAGAUUUGACACAUCAAAGAGGAAAACCAAACUUGGAGGAACCAAAGUCGUCCAAACCAGCAAGUCGACACCUCUGCUCCCAAUGUGGAAAGAGUUUUAGUCACUUUGGAAACAUGAAAGCUCAUGAGCAGAUACACACAGGGGAGAAGCCUUUCCAUUGCUCCCAGUGUGGCAAGUGCUUUAACCUGUUAGGGGCCCUGAAACAACAUGAGGUAAUACACACAGGGGAGAAGCCUUACCACUGCUCUCAGUGUGGAAAGUGUUUUAACCUGUUAGGGGCCCUGAAACAACAUAAGAGAAUACACACAGGGGAGAAGCCUUACCACUGCUCCCAGUGUGGAAAGAGUUUUAACCAUUUAGGUAACCUGAAAAAACAUAAGAGGAUACACACAGGGGAGAAGCCUUACCACUGCUCCCAGUGUGGCAAGUGUUUUAACCUGUCAAAGGACCUGAAACAGCAUAAGAGAAUUCACACAGGGGAGAAGCCUUACCACUGCUCUCAGUGUGGAAAGAGUUUUAACCAUUUAGGGAACCUGACAAAACAUAAGAGGAUACACACAGGAGAGAAGCCUUACCACUGCUCCCAGUGUGGCAAGUGUUUUAACCAGUUAGGGGCCCUGAAACAACACAAGAGAAUACACACAGGGGAGAAGCCUUACCACUGCUCCCCGUGUGGCAAGUGUUUUAACCUAUUAAGGGCCCUGAAACAACAUGAAAGAAUACACACAGGGGAGAAGCCUUACCAAUGCUCCCAGUGUGGAAAGAGUUUUAACGAUUUAGGGAACAUGAAAAAACACGAGAGAAUACACACAGGGUAGAAGCCUUACCACUGCUCCCAUUGUGGAAAGUGUUUCAACCAGUCAGGGAAGCUGAAACGGCAUGAGACAAUACACACAGGGGAGAAGCUUUACCACUCCUCCCAGUGUGCAAAGCAUUUGCCCAUUUAGUAAGCCUGAAAGAACACAUUAGACUGCACUCAGAGGAAAAUGCUUACAAUAGCUCAGACUGUGGGAAAACAUAUUAAUCAUAACAGUCACUUAAACGUCAUUAGAGAAUCCACACAGGAGAGAGAAAUUACUUCUCUUUGAGUGUAUAUUGAUAUUUCACAUCUCAUUGACUUAAAAUUCAUCAGAGAACAUACACAGUGCUCCCGUUGUCUUAUAUUGUUGACUGAUAAUGUGUUUACCUGUUUUUACCAUAUGAAAUUGCUUCUUCCAAUUAUUGAUAAACCUGUACCUGUUAAGAAACUGACUGUUAGAACUGUUAUUGCUCCAUGGAUUGAUGAGGAAUUGAUCAUCUGUAUGGUUGAAGGAGAUGGGGCAAAAGGAAUGGCUAAUAAGUCUGGCUGGCUUACGUACUGCAAAUUGAGAAAUUAUGUGACCAAACUCAAUAAAAGAAUAAACUUUAUUAUGAAUUCUUGAUCAAUGAUAUAAAGAAUGAUGGA